CUCUUGACCGAGCACUGGAUGCUUCUGCGCUUACUGAGCCCUACCCAAGCAAUUGCAAGACGUAUAAAUACCGCCAGGUUUCCCGUUGCUGUUCCCUUCAACACCCAUAACAACUUACGCUUCGCUCACACCAUGUCGUCUGUUCAAGAUCUCGUCGAGAACGCCAUUGCCUCUAAUAAAAUCGCCAUCUUCUCUAAGUCUUGGUGCCCAUAUUGUGCUCGUGCGAAGAAGCUCUUCCAAGAGAACUUCCCUGAGGAAACCCCACUUGUCCUCGAACUCGACCUCCGUGACGACGGCGACGCCAUCCAGGACUAUCUCGAGCAUAAGACGGGUCAGUCAACUGUACCAAACGUCUUCGUCAACAAGAAACAAGUUGGAGGCAAUGACAAAACCCAAGCAGCCUUCAAGUCGGGCGAACUGACACGUCUGGUGCAUUUGUAG